UUGAAGGAUCCUUACUUUCACCAUGAAUGAUUUUCUCAGAAAAUGUUCAAUCUCCAAACAGUUGGAAUCAGCUUAUGCUUUAAUGCUUAAGACCAGUUUAGAUCGAGAUUGUUUCUCAAUGAAUCAAUUUCUCACAGCUUGUUCAUCUCGCGGUUUCAUAGAUUAUGCAUUUCAAGCUUUCACCCAAAUGGAGAAUCCUAACGUUUUUGUCUACAACGCGUUAAUUAGAGGCUUAACCCAUUCUUCUUCUUCUUCUUCUCCAGUUCGAGCUCUGCCAAUUUACAUUGACAUGUUGAGAAAAGGAGUAAGUCCAUCCAGUUAUACGUUUCCAUCCAUUAUUAAAGCUUGUAAUUUGUUAUCCGCUAAAAUGUUUGGGGAAUCAGUUCAUGGACAGAUUUGGAGAAUUGGGUUUACAUCUCAUUUACAUGUUCAGACUUCUUUGGUUGAUUUUUACUCAAAUCUCUGUAGGAUAAUUGAUGCCAGAAAGGUGUUUGAUCAAAUGCCUGAAAGAGAUACUUUCGCAAGAUCUACUAUGGUUUCAGCUUAUACUCGACUUGGGGAUAUGACUUCUGCAAGGAACCUGUUUGAUGAAAUGCCUGAAAGAGAUAUUACUUCUUGUAACACGAUGAUGGAUGGUUAUUCCAGAAUUGGAGAUGUUGAUUCUGCAGCUUCUUUGUUCAUUGAAAUGCCACAAAAGGAUUUAAUCUCAUGGACAACUAUGAUUAAUUGUUAUACUCAAAGCCAUAGAUACGAAAAAGCAUUGUCUGUUUUCGAUGAAAUGAAAUCCAACGGUAUCAAUCCAGAUGAAGUUACGAUCGUUACCAUCAUAUCUGCUUGCGCACAUUUGGGGGCUCUCGAUUUCGGAAAAGAAUUAUAUCAUUAUGUAAUGCAGAUUGGUUUUCAUCUCGACGUCUACAUUGGUUCAGUAUUAAUUGACAUGUUUGCGAAAUGUGGAAGCUUGGAAAGAUCCCUAGUAGUGUUCUACAAAUUGCAGACAAAAAAUCUCUUCUGUUGGAAUUCGAUCAUUGAAGGACUCGCUAUGCAUGGAUUUGCAGAACAAGCUUUGAAAAUGUUCGACAAAAUGAUAGCAGCAAACGUGGAACCAAACGGGGUUACAUUUAUAAGUGUUCUCAGCGCUUGUACUCACGCAGGACUCAUCGAGGAAGGACAAAGGAUGUUCGAAAGCAUGGUUAAAGAUUUUUCUCUUUUGCCAGAGAUUCAACACUAUGGAUGCAUGGUUCAUUUACUAUGCAAAGCAGGUUUGCUUGAAGACGCGUUGAGAUUAAUUGAACAGAUGAAAAUCGAACCAAAUUCUGUCAUUUGGGGGGCUUUACUUGGCGGGUGUAAACUUCACAAGAAUGUGGAGAUUGCGGAAAUUGCAGUUGAAAGGCUGGCGGUUAUGGAGCCUAACAAUAGUGGGUAUAGGACGUUAUUGGUUAAUAUUCAUGCUGAAGCAAACCGAUGGAGUGAAGUGUCGAAAAUUAGGUUGGAUAUGAAGGAAAGAGGUGUAGAAAAGACAUGUCCCGGUUCGAGCUGGAUUGAAAUCGAGAAUGAGAUUCAUCGGUUCACUGCUUCGGAUAAAUGUCAUUUUGCUAUACUUGAUAUAUAUGUUAUGUUGAAUGAGUUGAAUAGACAUAUUAAGUUAGUUGGUUAUAUGAAUGAACUAGAACUUGUCUAGUAAUCUU